UUUUCCCUUUCUCUCUCGCGGUUCUCUUCUUGUUCUACUGCUUCCCUGCCUCCUUCUUCUCCUUGAGGGUUGUUGAGUUCAGCUUAUUAUCUGUAAUGGCGUAGUAGCGAAACCUCUUGCUAUCUCUUGUUCUUUUUAUCUUCUUCUCCCUCUCGGAAAAAAAACGCCCAGAUCUUUACUUGAAACGAACUUCACCGACUCCUCUUUCAAAAUCUGGUUCAGAUUUCGUUAUAUCCUCUCAAUCUUCGAGAGAACUUGUUCGUAGUCCCCAUAAAAACUCGUCGAGAAAACCUCUGUCGGAAGUGUUACCAUUUUGGUUUGAGUUCGGUCUGAAAAUUAAGGUUUUGUAUUUUGGUCAAACAUACAUCAGGAACAUGCUUGUCCAGAUGGAACAUUGUUAAGGAGAAUAGUUGUUAGUUACUGAAUAGUUUAUAUUCAACUCUAAUGAAGAACGGUCAGAGCACACAGGAGAUGCAGUCCUCUACACAAGUUUCACAUGAGUCCCAAGGCGAACAGAAGAACAACCAGUCAUUAGAAGCUCCUAUACAAGACUCUGGUUCUGUCUCUGCCUCAAGUAAUGACGGUAGGAAAGUUUCAAGGCAAGAUAUUGAACUCGUCCAAAAUUUGAUCGAGAGAUGUCUUCAGCUGUACAUGAACAGAGAUGAGGUGGUGAAGACCCUCUUGACCCGUGCAAGAAUUGACCCUGGUUUCACAACUUUAGUAUGGCAGAAACUGGAAGAAGAGAAUGCAGAUUUUUUCAGAGCUUAUUAUAUUAGACUGAAACUGAAGAAGCAGAUCAUUGUGUUUAAUCAUUUGCUUGAGCACCAGUAUCACCUCAUGAAGUAUCCUGUUCAUCCUAAAGUUCCAUUGGUCCCAAUGCAGAAUGGGAUUCAUCCUAUGGCCCCUGUUAACAACAUGCCAAUGGGAUACCCAGUACUACAACAUCCUCAAAUGCAUGUUCCAGGCCAUCCUCAUAUUGAUGCAAUGGGAAUGUCAAGCUGCCACGUGGUUAAUGGAGUCCCUGCCCCUGGGAACUUCCAACCAAUGAGGAUGAACUCAGGGAAUGAUAUGGUGAUAGAUACAACUGCGGCUGAUCCAACUCCUCCAAUGAUUCCACCAAACAAUGGCAUGUCAUCAGUGUCGGAGAUGCCGGUGAGUCCAGCUUCCGUGGCGUCGAGUGGACACUUCCCUUUUGCUGCUUCAGACAUGUCAGGGAUGGGGAUGGACACGUCAGCUCUUGAUUCUGCUUUCACAUCUGAUGUGGGGACUUCAGUUGGGUUGCAGCUUGGACCAGAUGGAGGAGCUGGUAAUUCCAGAGACAAUCUGAGGCCUUUUGAUCAGAUUCCUUGGAACUUUAGCCUCUCUGAUCUCACAGCUGAUUUGUCAAAUCUUGGAGACUUAGGGGCGUUAGGAAACUAUCCUGGUUCCCCAUUUCUUCCAUCUGAUUCAGAGAUUUUACUUGAUUCUCCGGAACAAGAGGACAUAGAGGAGUUCUUUGUGGAUUCGAUCCCAGGGCCUUCAUGUCCUCAGUCAGAUGAAGACAAGCCUUAGUUACUGUAAUCUCAAGUCUUAAUCAAGCCAUGAUAUCUGAUCAACAGGAAGCAACCAACCAAGGAAGGUGUUACUGGUUCAUGGCGUUUCAAGCAUAUUAUAGAAAACCUCCAAAAAUGAAUCAUAGGGGUUUCAUGAUCUCUGUUGAAGGCUAAUAAAUUAGACUAAAAGAUUAAUUGGUUAGUAGUGGUCAGCUUUUUAAGUUGUAUUUGCACCUUUUUUUAUUUUGAGAAUGAGUAAGCAUUGUAGAGACUAGAGACCAAUAUCAUUGUAUAAUAUUAAUAUGUCACAGUUAUCUAUCUCAA